AUGUAUUUCGUGAUUGAUAAGAAGUGGCCAUUACGAAAUCGCUAUAGCGAAUAUUUAUUCUCUUUAGUUGCUAGUUCUCACAGAAAUCGUAUUCGAAAAAAAGAUCCUGUCCCCAAAAAGAUCUCUGUAUUUCCCAUAAAGCAACUGGAUGCUGACGAAGCUAACUUGCAUAUCAAAAGGCUCAACAUAUCUGUGUUUCUGAUGUAAAAGAAAAAGCCCAGGAUGACAUCAGAAGAUACUGUCAACUGGGAACCAGUCCAUGUACUGGCUCAACGUAUGGACAUAAAAGAAAGAAUCUCAAAGAACAUUGCAACCUUACUUGAUGCAGAAAAUACUAUACCAUUCAUAGCCCGAUACAGAAAGGAACAAACUGAAGACAUGUCGGCUGAUAAACUGAGGGAGUUUAAGAAUCUCUAUGAUGACCUUAAACAUGUCAUAACUAAGAUAGAUAGUGUGUCAAAUGCUAUUGAGAAGAUUGGCAAAAUGAAUAGUUCACUUAAAAGUGCAUUGAAGUGUUGCCAGAGUUACAGUGAAGUGGAACACCUGUAUGCCCCUUUUAAAACUGGGAGUAAGCGAAGUCUUGCACAGCGAGCCAAGGACCUUGGACUAGAGCCCCUGGCCAUGUGUAUGUUGAAGCACCCACUUGAUGCACGUAUCAAUGAUUUUGUAAAACCAUCAAAAGAUGGACUGAAAACAGAAGGCGAGGUAGAAAUUGGAGUGCAGCAUAUCAUAGCAGAGGUAAUCUCUAAAGAUAAGGAUACAAUGGAUAAAGUCAGGGAACUGUGUAAGACAGCCCAUGUUACACUGGAGUCUAGUCAGGCAGUUGCUGCAAGCAAAAAGAAGGAGUCAUCUGAGAAAAGUGUGAAAGAUAGUCAAAAAUAUGAACAGUAUUACAACUUCAAAGUACCAGUGAAAUAUGCAAAGCCUCACCAGGUACUGGCCAUAAACAGAGGGGAGACUAAGAAACUUCUCACUGUUAAGAUUAACAUUCCCGAACAAGUGAAGGAACGAUUUGUGAGAUUUUGCCAACAAAAGUUUACGCACAGAAAUUGUAGUGAUCUUGUCAGAAGCAUUAUACAAAAAAGCAUAGAGGAUGCUUACAAGAGGCUGAUUCAUCCCCUUAUAUGUAGACAGUUCAGGUCUGAUUUAAAGAAAGUUGCAGAGAAGGCAUCCAUUGAUGUAUUUGCUGGGAAUCUCAAACAGCUACUACUAACUCCACCUAUAAGGGGAAAGGUAGUUCUUGGAGUUGAUCCAGGCUUCACUAAUGGUUGUAAACUUGCAGUCACUGACCCAAUGGGUGCAAUAUUGGAAACAGGGGUGGUAUAUAUUCACUCUCACAAGGCAAACAAAGCCAGGGAAACUAUGAAACUUAGGGACAUAAUACUCAAACACAGAUGUGAGACUGUUGCUAUAGGGAAUGGAACAGCAUGCAGAGAGACGGAGGCUCUCAUCUCUGACUGUAUAAAGAAUAAUACAUUUAAACCACUCAAUGUUAUGUACUGUAUAGUGAAUGAGAAUGGAGCCUCCAUAUACAGUGUAUCAGAGGAGGCGCAACUAGAAAUGCCUGACCUUGAUCCAACCUUGAGAGGGGCAGUGUCUAUAGCAAGAAGGCUUCAGGAUCCUCUUAUUGAACUUGUAAAGACUGAACCUAAGCACAUUGGUGUAGGAAUGUACCAGCAUGAUGUGUCGGAGACUCAACUCAAGCAGUCCCUUGAUGAAGUUGUUGAGGAAUGUGUCAGCUUUGUUGGUGUGGACCUGAAUGUUUGUACAGACCUCAUGCUGAGGAGGAUUGCUGGACUAAACAAAAAAAUUGCCAAGAACAUUGUAGACUGGAGAACUGCAAAUGGGAUGAUAAAAAAUCGUAAACAAUUGUUGAAAAUCCGUGGAUUGGGACCAAAGACAUUUGAGCAAUGUGCAGGCUUCAUAAGAAUCUUGCCGAGUACAGUAAUGAAAAAAGAAGAAGAUACUGACAGUAUUGAUGGAGCAUGUAUGAGUACAUGUACAUCAAAGAAGCGGAAAUCAACUGGACUAACUCCGAAAUCUAAGAAGAGAAAGUUGGAUGUUGCAUCAUUUGAUGUAAAUCCCCUGGAUUCCACUUGGAUACAUCCUGAAUCAUACACCAUAGCAACAAGGUUUCUUGAAAAAAUAAAGGCGAAUCCAGAAGAAAUAGGCCAUUCCACUAUAGAACUGAAGGUAGAGGCUGCACUCAGGUCAACAGAUGUGUGUAGACUGGCAAAAGAACUAGGAACUGACAGUCAUUGCUUACAGCUUAUCAUAGACGGUGUCCAACAGUCAGUCGGCUCAGAUAUAAGAGAGGAAUUUGAGAAGCCAUUGUUCAAGAAAGGACUGGUCUCAAUGGACAGUAUAUCACCUGGGACUAAACUUACCGGCAAAGUUGUGAAUGUGACACAUUUUGGUGCCUUUGUGGAUGUAGGCUUAGGACGAGAUGGCCUUAUUCACUCUAGUGCAAUGGGUCGGGUGUUGAAGUUAAAACAUAAAGAUAAACUCCAACUAGGAGACAAAGUGGAAGUGAAGGUUACAAAUCUAGAUAAGGAAAAGGGAAGGAUAGGUCUUGCCUUACUGGACCUAUUAUAGGAAAAUCAUUAUAAGACUUAUUGGACAGAUGAUUUACAAAGUUGUAAACAAUGUACAAUCUUCUGAAUGGAUCAAUCAUGCAGACCUCUCAUAAGCUUUAUUGUUAUUUAUAAUAAGUUAUGAAGCAAGCAUGAUUGUGGCUAAACGGAUAGCAUGGUCUAAGUAAUAAAAAGAAGCUAAGUAAGUAAAGGUGUGUGUGUGUUUAUGUAUAGCAAUGUCCUUUUACAAUAUUUUAUGCCUAUCGAGGGGUCUCCCCAGAAUAUCUUACGAGUAGUUGUUCCCUAGUAGGCCAAUUAUCCAUUCGAGGUUAUAUUCCCAAAAAUGAAAAUGAUCAGAAUCCAUUUUUCUAUCAAGAGUUUACCUUUUUAACACUUAAUGCAUCAGUUCCAUUUGAUACGCCGACGGUUUUAUAUUGUUACGGCCAAUAAGAUCCUAUACGAAG